UCACCUGACAGCAACUGUUCCGAGCUCCAAGGCGGCGUGUAUCCAGACACCUCCACGCUGUCAGCGCCCGCAUCCUGCGCAUCACCCGCAGUACAUUCCCUGGCGCCACCCGUAUCUCGUGCGACAGCGGCCGCGGGGCCUCGUUGAGUGCGCGCAGCGUCGACUGCGGUCUCGCCAGUAUGGAUCAGCCUCGAGUAGACCCCAGUCCGGAAGUGGAGGCCCGCCCACAUCCGCCAAACGACGCCCCAACACCAGGCUCCUCUGGCCGCGAUGCUGGCUCCAGCCACGAUGCGCCGGCAUCCUCUGAUGGCGCGCCUAAAGCAGAGGAGCAUGCACACCAGGGCCCCGUUGACUCUGGCGUCGAUGCGGGCUCUGCGUCCGAAUACGACCAGGACAACAGCGGGGACCACCUGCUAGAGGCACACAGCGAAGACAACUUCAGUGAUGAGGGGUACGAUGGCUCCGAUGCCUCUUCCUUCCUCUCGUCCAUUCUAUCCGAAGUGCGCCGCGGCGUCGAGAUCGCGGGCCGCCAAUAUGCCAGCUAUGGGAAGCACGAGUACGGCAUGCCCAUGGAUGAGAAAGAGCUAGAUCGCCAGGACCUGCAGCACCACAAGUACACGCUCCUCCUCAACGAUCGGCUACACGUGACUCCCAUCCCAGAAGAGCGUCUCCAGGACGCCGGCAGCCGCGUGCUCGAUCUGGGCACUGGCACAGGCAUCUGGGCAAUGGAUCUGGCAGAUAAGUACCCCAACUGCGAAGUCAUCGGCGUCGACAUCGCGCCCACACAGCCGACCUUCGUUCCGCCAAAUUGCAUCUUCGAGAUCGACGACGUGGAAGAGGACUGGCCGUAUCGCGCAGCCCACUUCGACUUUAUCCAUGGGCGAGACCUCAUGACCGCUGUGCGCGACUGGCCGCGCCUCAUAUCCCAAGCAUACACUCAUCUCAAGCCCGGCGGCUGGCUGCAGCUCGCUUCCACCAUCCCCGGUGCGCUCUCCGACGACAACACGAUUCCCCCAAACAGUGGGUACGUGGAGUCUGGACGCCUGUACUUCGAGAUGGCGGAGAAGAUGGGCGCACCUCUCGACGCACCACGGCAGUGGUCCUCCCAGAUGACCGCCGCAGGUUUCACGAACGUACAAGACAUCGUAUACAAGCUGCCCAUGGGCAUGUGGCCGCGGUCGAAGCGAUUACGCACAGUGGGCAAGCUGGAGCAGAUUAUGAUCUUGGAUGGCGGGUUUGAAGCAUACAUGUUGAGAGGCUAUACGCAGAUUCUAGGGGGCAGAGUGGAAGAUUUGCAGAUUGUCCUUGCGCUAGCAAGGAGGGAGAUUAAGGAUCCGGGAGUGCAUACCUAUGUGCAGUUUCAUGUUACCUAUGGGAUGAAGCCGGAGUAGCAUUGCAACACCACUGUGUGAAGACGUUCCAUGAUGUGGUGGGCACCAGGUACCUUUUGGAUGGGCAUCUGCUUUCAGCGCGGCUUGGUGGUGGCAUUUGGGAGUCGAGGUUGGGCUGAUUUUGGGCGGGCACAGCGCGUCGAACCAUUCUUGUAUAUCUUGAUUCCAACAAAAAGUAUUUAACGCUUCGCCUCUGCCGGUUUUCGCGGUUUGGUAUUCCAGUCCACAGCAUUGCAUACUUGUGUGUAAGGGACAGCGCUGUGGCUGUGUUGUAUCCUUUGCAGGGCAAAUGUAAAGUGGCGUGGCGCUUAGAAGGAGUUGACCAGAGUUGGUAGAAAGGGAGUGAUGAGGAUCCAUUCUGCCAUUUGCUUAUGCUGCCCUUGUUCAUAGCUGGUGUGGGUGGUAUAAGAGGUACCAGUAACCUCUCGGCCACCUCAUGGGAG